UUAGGUUUUGUAUAUAACACAUAACAACGUUAACUUCCCUUCUUCGCCGCACUGACACUCUGCUCAUCAACAACCAACUUCAAUCUUCCUUAACCACUGGGUCAAACAUUCUAUGUGAUGAACGAAAGCAGUUGUGGAAUUGAAGGGCUCUUUCCGUUAUUUACGAGUUUCAGCUGCAUAUUCCAAAAAAUAUUUGUCAAAUAUGACACUUCUUUCGUCUUAAUGGCACAUAAGGCUGGGUCGUGUUACCUGAAUUCUAUGUUUAACACGGCUUAUUUCUCCUGGAGAAUCAAUCUUGCUUCUCUUGGAAUUAUACCUCAUUGCUAUAAGUUGGAGCGCUUGAUGGGUAUCAAUUACUUUUGGUUCAGUUUGUUCCGUGGCUCCUGCUCAGCCAUUAAUGGAUAUUGAUCUAGAUAACAAAAAACAACAUUCUAUAAAAGUUGAAGUUGAUACAAAUUAUGGAAACAUUGUGGUAAAAUCAGAUGGCAUAGGUUCAGGGUGUGUAGAUAAUGACGAAAAAGUAUUUAAUGUUCGAAGUACUCUGCUGAAUGAAAAAAGCAAGCAAAAGGACCCUGAGGAUGUAGAAGUUGACAUAAUUGCAUCUAAAAACAUCAAUGACAUCAAAUCAGCUGAAGCUGAAGAUCCAGAUGCAACUGAAUAUUCAAGUUCAUUUGCCGACACUCUCUCUGAUACAGAGAAAUUUUCUGGCCUAAGUGAAAAUGAAGUGGAAUCACAAUUUUUUGGUGACAGCGAUUUGGCAUCCCCAUAUGAUGCAUUCAAUAGCACCUUUCAAACAAGGAAGAAGAAGUUAACAAAUCAUUGGAGGAGCUUUAUACGUCCUAUGAGUUGGCGGUGCAAAUGGACAGAAUUGAAGAUUAAGGAAGUCGAGUCGCGAGCAUUAAAAUAUGCUCGCGAGCUUGCAGUCUAUGAAGAGAGAAAACAAAUCUAUCAAACUCCAUAUGAUGGGUUUUGUUCAAAGUUGUCGCCAUUUUCAAAUCAAUGUUAUCGAAGAUGGGCCAGAAAGAGGAGGAAGCGAAAGAGAAUUGAAGAAAAAACUGAUACAACAGUAUAUGUGUCACAGCAUAGCCUCUUUUCUUAUAUUGAAAGCAAGAGAUCCAAUCCAGAUGGAAGUUCUAUGAUUGAUGAUUUUGAUAAUGCAGCAGCGACAGAACGACAUGCUGAUUGCAAUGAUAACUUUGGGGAUCAAUUGUCUUUCGAGUUUCGAGGUGGUGAUAAAUCCUCGGAGCAAGUCCUUCGGAAAAUUGAAAUAGUGCAAACUCGGAUUCAAAAACUGAAGAAUCAACUCGACUUGGUGAUAUCAAAAAAUGCUGAUAAAUUUUCGUCCUAUGAGAAUUUAAGCCUUCUCUCACCCUGUGAUGGGCAGACUAGUUCUGCUCCUAGCCCUACAUUAUCCGCCGGCAAUGGAGAAACAAUUUCAGUAGGAGCUAUGCAUAAUGAAACUCAGCAUAUCUCCGAAUAUGACUUUGGAGACUUGGUUUUGCCUGAUAGUGAAAUUUUAGGUUAUGGAGAGGCUAUUCACGUACCUGAUAUAAUUGAAAGCACCGUAGGAAUGUUGUCUGCUGCUGAUGUUACGUCACAUCAGCCACAAAUCGGAGAUUCAUGCGAAUAUAUUGUGGAUAAUGUGCUGGUACAUACUGAAACAGCCGACGGAGAAAGAGGCACUUUCGUAGCGACAAGCGCUCAACUUCUUGAGGAGCAUCAGGAACCGGAGAUAGGACAUGAAGCAGAAACCCUCAACCCCUGUCCGAUUUCAUCCUCAGGAUCCGAUCCCAUAACAAAAUCCACCGUUACACCAGAGGAAUCGAUUCUAAAAUCAUGUUUAGCCUCAGAUUUCCAAUUUCCAAGAAACAAGAGAAAGCGAGUAGAGAGGAAAGCUGGCUCUGGUGGAUGGAACAAGAAAGGCUCCGGUGAUCCUGAUAGCCAGUGAUUCAAACAAAAACCUUGUCCAUCCAUACGUUGCUCGAAAAUUUCCGGAACUGCUACUCAAUGAAAAUGGUAAAGAAGAGCAAGGAUUUAUCAAUGCAGCUGUGAACUAAUCAACAUUGCUGGAAUUUUGGUACAAGCUGGUUGCAGCAACCUUAACUGUUAAACAACAUAGAAUUAGUUGAAGAUUCUAAAUGUAGCUCUGACAGACUUAAGAAGUAGAGCCAAUUUUCUGUAAUCAAGAAGUGGUUUGCUUUUCUGUUUUUAUAAAGAUUGAAACUUUUUGUUCUCUUUUUCUGAA